AUGGAUUCCAAAGCGGAAGCUCUUCGUCAGUCCAUGCUUCAAAAGCAAAGACAAAAGAUCUAUGAAGAAUCAGAAAAAGAAAGACAGAAAGCUGCCAAAAUGAGCGAAGUGCGUGUCGGUUCUGACAAAUUUGCCAAAGCCAAAUCAGACAUCGAAUCGCAGUUGAAGACCAGCACCAUCGGUUUGACAGAAUUGAAAGAUUAUAGAAAAAUCAGAGAGAACUUGGAAGAGCAACAGAAGCGUGAAGCAGCAAAUACUGCACCACUAGGGGACGAAAAAAAACGAAAAAAGAAAAAGAAACAAGUGCUAAAGUUAUCCUUUGCGGGAGAUGAAGAAGAAGAAGAAGAAGAUUUAGAUCAAGAGAGCAGCAAGAAUAGUACUCCUGCCAGCACAGCCACCGAAGAAGAAGAAAAACCAGUAUUCAAAAAACGAAAAAUGCUGAAAGAUCCAACCGUCGACACAAGCUUCUUGCCAGAUAGAGAAAGGGAGGAGAAGGAACGAAUUGAGCGUGAGGAGCUCAGAAAAGAAUGGCUAAAAAAGCAGGAAGAAGUCAAAAACGAAAAGAUCAACAUCACUUAUUCGUAUUGGGAUGGUACUGGACAUCGUAAAGUUGUAACGUGCAAAAAAGGAGACUCGAUCGCUCAAUUUUUGGAUGCGUGCCGUCAACAAUUCCCUCAGCUACGUGGCGUAAAUACAGACAAUUUAAUCUAUGUGAAAGAAGAUUUGAUCAUUCCCCAUCAUUAUACAUUUUAUGACUUUAUCAUCAACAAAGCCAGAGGAAAAUCUGGUCCAUUAUUCAGUUUUGACGUACAUGAAGAUAUUCGUUUAGUCAAUGAUGCAACUGUCGAAAAGGACGAGUCUCAUGCCGGUAAGGUUGUUGAAAGAGCAUGGUACGAAAGAAACAAGCAUAUUUUCCCUGCCAGUCGUUGGGAAGUUUUUGAUCCAGCAAAAUCUUAUGGUCAAUACAAAAUCAAGGACACAAAAAAGAGUCUUGAUAUUAUUUAA